AUGGCCUGCAUGGAGCCUCCCAGGUGGCAUCCUGGAAUCAUGGUAGGAGUAAUGGUGACUAGCAGCCGGCAUCCUCGUUGUGUCCUCCUGGGCAAGAGGAAAGGGUCAGUUGAAGCCGUCAGUUUUCAACUUCCUGGGGGCCAUUUGGUGUUCAGUGAAAUGUGGGAAGAAUGUGCUCAAAGGGAAACCUGGGAAGAAGCAGCUCUUCACCUGAAAAAUAUUCACUUUGCCUUAGUUGUGAAUUCCUUUGUUGAGAAAGAAAAUUACCAUUAUGUGACGAUACUAAUGAAAGGAGAGGUGAAUGUGACUCAUGACCCGGAACCAAAGAAUGCAGAGCCUGAAAAAAAUGAAAGUUGGGACUGGGUUCCCUGGGAAGAAUUUUCUCCUCUGGACCAGCUUUUCUGGGCUCUGCCUUGUUUAAAGGAACAAGGCUACAAUACAUUUAAAGAAGAUUUGGAUCAUCUGGUAGGAUACAAAGGACAUCAUCUCUGGGGAACAAGAAGAUAA